GUGACUUAUGUAAGUUCCAAGAACGAGUGACUUUAUUCCUGUGCAAAUCACGGUGGCAGAUAAUUUUUGAGAGAGCGGACAGACGCAUCUGAGACAGGAUCAUGAGGGAAAUCGUCCACAUGCAGGCUGGCCAAUGCGGCAACCAAAUUGGUUCAAAGUUCUGGGAGGUGAUCUCUGACGAGCACGGCAUCGACCCCACCGGUACCUACAACGGUGACUCCGACCUCCAGUUGGAGAGAAUCAACGUCUACUACAACGAAGCUUCUGGAGGCAAAUAUGUUCCCCGUGCAGUCUUGGUCGACCUGGAGCCAGGCACCAUGGACUCUGUGCGAUCUGGUCCCUUCGGACAGAUCUUCCGUCCAGACAAUUUCGUCUUCGGUCAGAGCGGUGCUGGCAACAACUGGGCCAAGGGUCACUACACAGAAGGUGCUGAGCUGGUAGAUUCCGUGCUGGAUGUUGUUCGAAAAGAGGCAGAGAGCUGUGACUGUUUACAAGGCUUCCAGCUGACCCACUCUCUGGGUGGUGGCACUGGGUCUGGCAUGGGAACACUCCUCAUCAGUAAGAUCAGGGAGGAGUACCCUGACAGAAUCAUGAACACUUUCUCCGUUGUGCCAUCACCAAAGGUGUCUGACACAGUCGUUGAGCCCUACAAUGCCACCCUGUCAGUCCAUCAGUUGGUUGAGAACACAGAUGAAAGUUACUGCAUUGACAAUGAGGCUCUGUACGACAUCUGCUUCAGAACCUUGAAGCUGACCACACCAACCUACGGUGACCUCAACCAUCUUGUGUCAGCCACCAUGUCCGGAGUGACCACCUGUCUGAGGUUCCCAGGUCAACUGAACGCCGAUCUUCGUAAACUGGCUGUCAACAUGGUGCCCUUCCCCCGUCUUCACUUCUUCAUGCCCGGCUUCGCACCCCUGACCUCCAGAGGAAGCCAACAGUACCGUGCACUCACCGUGCCCGAGCUCACCCAACAGAUGUUUGAUGCCAAGAACAUGAUGGCUGCCUGUGAUCCCCGUCACGGUCGCUACCUGACAGUGGCUGCCAUAUUCCGUGGCCGCAUGUCCAUGAAGGAGGUUGAUGAACAGAUGCUCAAUGUCCAGAACAAGAACAGCAGCUACUUCGUUGAAUGGAUCCCCAACAACGUCAAGACCGCCGUCUGUGACAUCCCACCACGUGGUCUUAAAAUGUCUGCCACCUUCAUCGGCAACAGCACCGCCAUCCAGGAGCUGUUCAAGCGCAUCUCCGUGCAGUUCACAGCUAUGUUCAGGAGAAAGGCUUUCCUCCAUUGGUACACUGGCGAGGGCAUGGACGAGAUGGAGUUCACUGAGGCCGAGUCCAACAUGAAUGACCUGGUGUCCGAGUACCAGCAGUAUCAGGAUGCUUCUGCGGAGGAAGAGGGCGAGUUCGACGAGGAAGAAGAGGGAGAAAUGGCUUAAUUUUUGUCUGUCCGCUCUUCCUUAAAAGAUUCUGCCUGUUCAAUCUUAUGUCACAGUCUGUCCAUGGACUAGAAUUGUCCUUGUUCCAGUGUUCUGUUGUCAGUAUUUUAGUAUCAAAGUGGCUAAAGGGUCCAUUGUAAUUUACAGUAUUUCUGGUCAGUGUUCAUAAAUAUUUCAUGUUUCACUGUAUUGCUUGUACUUAAUCAGUAUUACAUAACAGCAUUCAUUUGAUAUAUUGCCAGGUCAUUUUGGUGUUUUUGCCAAAGACUUUAAUUUGUUGAUCAAAUUAAGGUGUUCCGAUUGAGACACAGGAUACGCAAUAUUCCAUGUUUGCAUUUAUUUAAAUCACCUUUUGCCAAAUUUUGCCAAAUAGGUAAGCCACAAAUGUGUUCGUGAUGGAGAACAAGUUUUUUGUUUUCUUACUGAAUUCCAGCAGUUCUUGACAAUCAUAUCAUUACGUCAGUCACUGUGCAAUGCUUCUGCUCAAUCUUCCUGUUGGAUCCUUUUGAUUGCAUUUUGCACAUUGUACCAUUCUGAUGCUGUUACAGCAAUAAAAUUGUUUAAAUGUUA